GCGGCUGCUUUUCGUUGGGCAGCGUGGUGGCUGUGAGGACGCCGGUGAAGUGCCCACGUCGUAUUUCUGAAGAAUUGUGUAUUGAAGGUCUGGGAUUUAUAUGCAAAAAUGCCUUGUCGAAAGGAGAAUUACAUUUUUCUGGAACAGUCCGUGACCGUCGAUUCUAAAGAGGUGGACGCUCUUGUGACAAAAAUCGGCGAGGCGCUUCAGCUGCACAACAAUAGCGCUACACAGCAGACGAUGUCGCGUCUCCACGGUCUGACCAGCAGCAGCAGCAACAACAACAGCAACACCAGCAGCAGUAACACUGCCAGCGCACAGAAAAGAAAUGGCUGCUGUAUACGUCUCCGGAGCGGGCGGAAAGCGACCAGAGCGAGUCCGUACAACAUCCCCGGCUCCAGCGAUCAGGAGUGGGACCAUUUCUCAGCGUGGAACCGAAAGGGACUCGACGGUACGGGUAACGAGGACGAUCCGCACCAACUCCUCCAGGAACUGAUCUUAUCUGGGAACCUCAUCAAAGAAGCGGUCAGGCGACUCCAGUUCUCUUCUGAGUCGCACCGCGAUUUUUCUAAACAGAUUGACUGAACCUGUGAGACAGGAGGAGGAGGACAGGAGUGCUGGAUUAAAGAUCGCCCUCUCAUCACCUCGGCUAACCUGAUUAGCUGCUGGAUAGCCAACAAGAUCAAGAGCGAUUACGAUCAUGUUCUGUAAUAAAACCACGAUGUUGGGUUUAACAAAUGAAACCGUAACGUUAUGUUGACUGUUAUCUAGCGCUGAAUUAUUAUUUUAUUUUAUUUCUUAUUUUUUAAACGUGACUAAACACAUUGUCACUAGAGCCCAAGUGUUUUUUUUUUUUCUGAAUGAAAUGUAAACAGCGAGCUAUUAUUUGUCUUUAACUCUUAAAGGUUGUGAUUUGAAACGGUAUUCCUGUUUGCAGGCUAGUAGACCAAAUGGUCUGUGCACCACGAUUGGGUGGCAAGUAAGAGGUUAGCACUGUGCCCUUGGCGUGCUACCUUUGUUUACAGUCUUGCUAUCAGUAGCUUGGUAUGGGGAUGGGCCACAGGUACACACACACACUCACCAAAUCUCUGAUCUGACUGAAGAGACAAGGUACUUCAAUGUCUUGAAGAUUUGGACUUUCGAACUGUUUUCUACACCCACGUGGACUUCUCCAUCGAGUCUCACCUGAAAAAACACAAACUGUUGGGGAUUUUCAUGAGAGUUCUCACUUUGUAAUGAGAGACGCAGAUUGGCACAUCAGACUCUCUGGUGCUUUCAGAAUUUCUCUGUGGAAUUCGUCUGUUUCUCUGCUUUCUCUGUAAUGUUUUGUAUGCUUCGUACCGAAGUCAUUUUAACAGCCCUGACUUUUUCUCAGGCAGUUUGGUCCUUAAUAAACACGGUGGAUUUUUUUCUUUU